AAACUUUCGUUCUCGCAAUAUCAGGAGAGAUGUACCUCAUUGGCUCUCUGCUUGAAAUCCGAUGAACCAAAACCGUGGACCAUCACCGCCGGUAUCUCGUUCCCAAUCCCCCAGAUUUCCACUCCCCACUCCCACUACUUGUACCACCAAACCCCAGCCCCAGAACCUGGAGCUCUCCUAGGCAACGAACGGCAAGAAUCGAUUUCUGCGAUUCUUUGGAGGCCCCUGGUGCCGCUGGUUUCUUGAAAUCUCAGCCACCAAAGUCACAAUUUUUAUUUUUCCCCUUCCUGGUUGGACAGCUGCUGUGGCUGAGAGUUGCAGGCAUCGUUGGUGACCGGACAAAGAACCCUCCAUCCUCUGCUUGAGGUGAUGGGGCAUUUCGGCUUUGUUCCUGGCACUUUAUGAUAGAUUAUACAUAAAGGCCAUAGUUCAGAUCAUUAUCAAGCAUGUCUCUACUUUCAAAGUUACGCCUGAUCACCGUGGAUGUAACUGGUACUCUGAUCGCUUACAAAGGACACCUUGGGGAUUACUACUGUAUGGCAGCUAAGUCUGCUGGGAUGCCAUGUCCUGACUAUCAGCGCAUGCAUGAGGGCUUCAAGCUCGCAUAUACUGAGAUGGCAAGACAAUACCCAUGCUUUGGAUUUGCUGCAAAGAUGCCAAACAUUGAUUGGUGGAGGACGUGUGUUAAGAAUUCGUUUGUUAAGGCUGGCUAUGAAUAUGAUGAUGAGACAUUUGAGAAAAUCUUCAGGCGCAUUUAUUCCUCUUUUGGCUCUGCUGCACCAUACUCGGCGUUUCCUGAUGCGCAGCCCUUCCUGAGAUGGGUGCGGGAAAAGGGACUCACGGUUGGUAUUGUCAGCAAUGCAGAGUACCGUUACAAAGAAGUAAUCCUGCCAGCUUUAGGGUUGAAUCAGGGCUCGGAAUGGGACUUUGGGGUUUUCUCAGGCAUUGAUGGUGUUGAGAAGCCUGAUCCAAGAAUUUACAAGAUAGCGCUGGAAAUGGCAGGAAACGUUGCACCCGAAGAAGCUCUCCACAUCGGCGACAGCAUUCGGAAGGACUACACCCCUGCGAGGGGCAUUGGGAUGCAUGCGCUGCUCCUGGACCGAUUCAAGACUGCCGAAGCUGAGAGCUGGAGGCAGUCUGGCGGGACGGUGCUCCCCGAUUUGGUUGCUGCUCAAGAGUGGCUCACCAAGAACCAAAGUGAAGAAGCAGCAGCAGCUCAAGUGCUGAACAGAAUGUCUGAAAAACUAAAAAUGGGGGCUUAAGCCCUCAGUGCUCCUUUUACGCCCUAGGUAUGAACUGAAGAUCCAAAGAAACUUGUACUGAUGGGAGGAGAUAGGUGAUGGUUCUUGACUACUUGCUAGUGUAAUGAGCUUGAGGCCUUGAGCUGCUGUCUGACAGUAGCUUUUGGGGCCGAUGCUGGUUGCUGAAUAUGGCUAGCGAAUCAGAGUGUCAUGAAUCAUGUUUCGACAAAAAAUUCUGGUUCGGUUUUCCAUUCUUCACCUGUGUUGAGCAAUAAAAAGGAAGACUACAUGGACUUUGCAUA